AGUGACAGUGCAAAGAGGCAGAAGAAGCAGAGGCAUGAUUCGUGUUUUCAGUCAUCAUUUUCCCGAUGAGGAGGCGGCUGAUCGCUCUUCUCAAAACACGGUUUAGAAACGUUUUCGCCACCCAAAAAGACGCAGACGUCUUUCUCGCACCUGGCCGUACUGAUCCAGCUGAGGCGAUGUGCAGUCCUAAGUCUGAAAGCUGUAGAGAGGAUGCUUCUGUGGAGCAUAUCUACUGUAGAGGUGUGCUAACUGAGCUGCUUAAAUAUGGGCCCAGGGACCUGCAUGCUGCUGCCAAAACCUCUAAUCCACCCAGAGUGCUCAUUCUCAUCAUUCCAGGCAACCCAGGAGUAGUCGGAUUUUAUAAAACUUUUAUGUGGACGCUGUAUCAGGCAUUUAAUCGACAAUACCCAGUAUGGAGCGUCGGUCAUGCUGGACAUUGUGCACCUCCAGACUCAAUGGACAUGGUCGAAGAUGCAUCAGUGAUGGAGGAGGAUGUGUUUGGCCUGAACGGUCAGAUUGAGCACAAACUGGCCUUCCUCUCAGAGCAUGUGCCCCGAGACACACACCUGGUCCUGGUUGGUCACUCUAUUGGCUGCUACAUCACCCUGCAGAUUAUGAAGAGAAACCCAGAGUUAAAGGUAGUAAAGUCUGUGAUGUUGUUCCCAACAAUCGAGCGCAUGGCCUGUAGUCCUCAGGGCCAGGUCAUGACCCCGGUACUUUGCAGGCUGCGCUAUGCCGCCUACCUGCCCGUUUUCCUGCUCUCAUUGCUGCCUGAGAGACUGAAGGCCGGCCUAGUUCAGCUGGCCCUGAGGAACCUAUACUCUCUGGACACCACCAUGAUCCCAGCCACCGUCAGCUUGAUCAAUGUAGACUGUGCUGGUAACGCUAUGUACAUGGGAAGUCAAGAAAUGAGGCUGGUUCUAGAACGAGAUAACUCAACCAUCCGCCAGCACCUCAACAAGCUUAUUUUUUACUACGGCGCUACAGACAACUGGUGUCCUGUGCAGUAUUACUAUGAUAUGCGAAGAGACUUUCCAGAAGGAGACAUUCGUCUGUGUGAGAGAGGCCUCCGCCAUGCUUUUGUCAUGGAUGCAGGGGAAGAGAUGGCCAACAUGACCACAGAGUGGAUCCGUGAUGACCUCAGGGGACUAAAGCACUAAAAGUGCCAACAUUAGGGAUUACACUGACCUACACCGGCUCUGUGUUCCAGUUUACAGGAACCUUUACCCUUAUUAAGAGCUUUAUAAAGGCCUUUAUGUGGGUACUGUAAUCUAUUUGUUGGAACACUUGAAAACAUUUUAUUUUGAUACAUGACAAGUAAUCAACAGCCACUUAUUCUGUUAUUUUAUGCCAUUACAGUACCGUAAGCCGGGCCUUUGAGUUGGCAGAGGAAUGCAAUUAUGACCAAAAGCCAGACCGUUGUUGGACGUAUUUAUGUAAAAGCCACAAUCAGGGAUUUAUAAAGCCAUUUCAGUUUGCAUCAAAUGCAUCAUAAAUUCCUACUGAUUCUCAGAACAAAAACUACCAAAUACAGCUGCUCUUUCUUCCAAACAUCAGAGCUAAGGACCCUGUUGUUUUUUACUUAUACAAGAAUAAUUGAAGAGUUUAUAGUUUUUAAAUGUGGCUCUUAUGUCACUGCAUGAUUUUUUGCAUAGCUUUCUGGUGAAGUUUAGCAUGGAAGCAAGCUCUUUAAACUCUUUCAAACAAUUUCAGUGGCUGGGCUGUCACUUCACUGUUAUACAAUCGCUAAUUUUGUCUUUAAAGUGGAAUUCCACAUAUUAAAAAAAAAAAAUCUGCUGUUUUAGGCCAAACCACUUAUCUCAAAACUAUCAUAAAAAUUCAGGUGGUGUAUUUAUAUUUCAUAUUGCU